AUCUGAUCUCCCCAGCCAGCUCGCGGGCUGUAAACUGUCAGUGUAACAGACGCAGCUGCCGGCCUCACUAUCAGCCAGGGUCAUCAAUUUCUACUCUGGUCGCUUGGUGGCGCCAUGUGCGUCGCCUUCUGGCUCUGGCAGCCUGACCCACAGCCCGCUGCCGGCGAUGGUCCCCCCCCGGUGCGCUACGCCCUGCUGCUGGCGCUCAACCGCGACGAGGUGCUGAGCCGGCCCUCGCAGGCGGCGCACUUCUGGGCGGACGACCCCGGCAUCUUCGCGGGGCGCGACCUGGUGCAGGGCGGCACCUGGCUGGGCGUCAGCAAGAGCGGGCGCGUCGGCUGGCUCACCAACGUGCGCGAAACGUACGUGGACGCCGCAGCGCACACGCGCGGGGACCUCGUGACCGCCUUCCUUCAGGGCAGAGAGAGCCCCCUGGAGUACUGCGCUGCGCACGCCCCGCACCUUGGCGCCUACAAUGGCUUCAACCUGGUGGUGGCCGACCUGCGCAUCGGCCAGAUGGCCUACUGCACCAACCGCCCUCCCGGCCAGUCGGGGCGGAUUGAGGCGCUCCCCUCCGGCAUGUACGGCCUCAGCAAUGCCGCCCUCGACACCCCCUGGCCCAAGGUAGUCCGGGGCAAGGCCACGUUUGCUUCCCUAGUGGCUGCGACCGCUGAUGCGGCGGUGCCUGCGGAGGAGCUGGUGCACGGUCUGCUGCAGGACCGGUGGCGCCCGCCAGGGGACCAGCUGCCGCACACGGGGAGGCCGCCCGAGGUGGAGGCAGAGUUAAGCCCCAUCUUCGUGGAGUGCACGCUGCCAGAACUGGGGGCGUAUGGCACGCGGAGUCAAACCGUUAUUGGGAUCCAGCACAACGGACAUGUAGACUUCUUUGAGCGAUAUCUUGACAAUGACGGCACAUGGAAAGAGCAACAGCAGAUGUUCGAAGUAGAAUGCCAACGGGGAAAUGGGUCCGAGCAGGGACUCAAAGCGAAAGGAUCCUGGGUCCGAUGACGACAACCUUCUCUUGCUGGUGGAACUUAUCACGCAACUUUAUCACCAAAGAGGAAUCCACUGCAUAGGUUUUGGAAAGGUUGCAAGUUCUAUAAAGAACUUGCUGGCCAAUAACAUUCUGUGGCAGGAUUGAUUUCCGAGUGCAUAGGUUGACGUCUCAAAUUAGUACCACAUGCUUGAUUGCACAUGCAAGCGGGGCUGAGAGAAGUCCAUGUUAUAACCGUUGACCUCCUUCCCAUACUUAAGCUGGUUCAAUCACCGACAUACUUACAUACCUAUCAUGAAGCUUUCGAC